AUGGCUACGGGUUUGAGAGAAGUUCCUCCGCCUUCCCUUGAUUCUUCCUCGGACCCUCCAGUGCUCUUUGAUGGAACCACCAGGUUGUACACAGCCUAUGUAUGCCCAUAUGCGCAUCGUGUGUGGAUUGCAAGGAACUAUAAGGGAUUACAAGAUCAGAUAAAAUUGAUUCCUCUAAACAUGCACAAGAGACCAGCAUGGUAUAAGGAGAAAGUUUACCCGUUAGGCAAGGUGCCGUCUCUAGAACACAACAACCAAAUCAAAGGGGAGUCCCUUGAUCUAUUGAAAUAUCUGGAGGAUAACUUUGAGGGCCCUUCGCUUUUCCUUGAUGAUCCAGCAAAGGUAGAGUUUGCAGAGGAGUUGCUGGCCUACUCAGAAACCUUCAAUGCAUCAGUUAUUUCUUCUUUAAAGGAGCAUGAUUUAAGUAAAUCUGGUGCUGCCUUUGAUUACAUUGAAAAUGCCCUUGGGAAAUUCAAUGAUGGGCCCUUUUUCCUUGGUUGUUUCAGUCUGGUGGAUAUAGCUUAUAUUCCAUUCAUCGAAAGGUAUCAAGUCUACUUGUCACAGGUGAAAAAGUAUGACAUUGCAGAAGGCAGGCCGAAACUGGCAGCAUGGAUUGAGGUACACUUCCAAAAUUACGCUCAUGUGAAAUGA